UGUCCUGUCUCGGACCUCCUGCUGCCGACUGGACGGACGCCACUCAUGUGGAGGAGAGAAACGAAUUCACUUGCAAAUUGCUAUUCACUCCUAUGUCUUAUUUUACACAAAAAUAAACUUGUUACUGGCUGGCACUUUUUUUUUUUUUUAAUCGUUGUUGCAGAUAUCUUUUUUUCUUAUUGUAAAUUUAAUGACAUUUGUGUUUUAUUCAAACAAAAUGUGACUUUGGCUUGAGAGUAAGAAUAUUCUGCAGCGCAGACCUCCACGAUGCAGAAACACUUUUUUCCUGUGGGUGGCAGUAACGCACUGUUUUCACGAUUAUUAUGAGUACAGUAUGACUGUAAAAACGUCUUUGGUCUUCUUCAUUUUUGACAACUUCUCAUCAAAUAUCUUUUUUAAAUGUCAAAGAACAUUUUUAUUUCAUUCAAAAUACACGUGCAGCAGCGUUAGCGUAAUGUUGCCGGUUCAAAUCCAGGCUCCAGCCCUGAUGUGUGAUGUUCUCAUGUUCUUCCAGUGCUUAUCUGACUUUGAUUUGGAUUGGAUUGGAUUUUGUGGACUUCAGCUUGCAGUGGCAAUGCUUGAUGUGAAGGGCUGUCCGUUUGAUGCACACUUGUGCAAUAACUAGUUUGCACAAAUGAUUGACUUUUAAUUAUUUGAUUUGAAUAGUUAUAUGCAUCUAAGUGGUGGCAUGGUGGACAACAGAAUGCUAUCCAUUUGUUAAAUAUGUCUAUUUACAUUUAAUUGACUGAGUUCUGUUGCUCUUCCCCAUUGUGCUGCUUUCACGACCAAUUAGAAAUGUGUCGAAUUAGACAGUGACCGCUUACUAGAAAAUCAACUGUAGCGAUCAAAACCCUCAUGCUUGAAUGUUGUAAACAUGAUAUAGUCUAAGGUGAUUUCUCAUCAACUGUAUACAAAUAUAGGGCCUAGUUGGGACCUUCAUUGUGGCUUAUUUCAUUUCGUAACUGAAGGGGGCUCACCUAGAUGAUGUAACUUCCGUUGACACUGAAGGCCACAGCCGCGUUUGCUGGGCUCGUGUCAAGGGAUGAAGCUUCACUGACUGAUUGCUUACGCGGUGCAAAAGCAUGUUCUACGAGUAUACGUUGGACUUUAUUUCAGCAAAACGGGCCGCUCUAUUCCAUUGAUGUGCUCUCUGGUUGUUUCAAAAGCCCCUGUGUUAAAUGGAGCUAGAGGACCAGUGGUGGCAAGGACAACUGGCUAAAGAUAUUCACCAGGCGCUGCGAAACAAUGAGCUCAGCCUGCCCUCCUUUAAAGGCCAGUCCCCUCAGCUCAACUUGAGGCGAUACUUUGCAGACCUCAUAGCCAUCAUCAGCAACCACUUCCGGCUGUGUCCCACAGCGAGACACCUUGCUGUCUACCUGCUGGACCUCUUCAUGGACCGCUACGAUGUCACGACGCAGCAGCUUCACAUGGUCUCGCUCUCGUGUCUUCUUUUGGCAAGUAAAUUUGAGGAAAGGGAGGACAAGGUUCCAAAAUUGGAGACACUGAAUAGUCUAGGGUGCAUGCGCUCCAUGAACGUAGUUAUGACCAAGCAGGCUCUUCUCCACAUGGAGCUGUUCCUGCUGGAAUCCUUCCAGUGGAACCUGUACCUCCCCACAGCAGCUCAUUUCAUCGAAUACUACCUUUCUAUCGCAGUUCACGAGGGAGACCUACACGAUGGCUUGCCUAUGACCUGUGUAGAGAAAACAAAACUCUACAUGGCCAAGUAUGUCGAUUACUUCCUGGAAGUCUCCCUGCAAGAUCAUGUGUUUUUAUGUUUUGAACCCUCUCUGGUGGCCGCUGCAUGCGUGGCUGCCUCACGCCUCAUCCUGCACGUAUCCCCUACUUGGGCACCCCGAUUGCAGCGGCUCACGGGCUAUACAUUGGAGAACCUGGUCCAAUGUACCGAGAAACUCCUCAUCGCACAUGACAGUGAUGUGAAAGAGGCCAACAAGCAUAAGUGCCAGCAGCCGGGCCAACAGCUACAGCAGCAAGUUCAGACGGUCUACCACAGUUCGAGCCAGGCAGCCACUGUGGCCCAGUACCUGCACCGGCCCGGCACGCAGUAUCCCCGGCAAGUUGCGCAGUCGGCUCUCGUCCCAAACCACAGACCGAGCGCAUAUCUGGCCCACACCGCCACCGUGCAGGUCUCCAACGGCCCAGUGGCAGGGCAGUACUCGGGCCAUCACUGCCUCAUUGGAUCCAAAGUCUAACCUUACGGAAAGAGCUUACUUGCCAAGCCGGCAGUUGUGCUACGUGCUAUCACAGCUGAUGAUGGUUUUGAGGGAUUUAGAGAUUGAGAAGAAAUCAAACGACUAUUAAAAGUCCAUGAAAUUAGAAAGAAUGCUUUUAAUUUAGGAGGACUUGAUGAGAUAGGCGCAGCAUGUUGGACCUUUGAGCUAUGUGCAAUAUGUAUGCUCUGUAGUCAUUUUCUGUGGAGAGCCAGUGUAAGGAUUUUUGUUCAAUUGAGUACCGCUAGUGACUUUGCACUGCUUAUCCUCACUAGGGUUGUAUUACUAUAAUUUUGCAUCAGGCCCAAAUUCUAUCGAAUUAAAACAAAGUAUCUUUGAAGUAUUGAUCACAGUGCCUUAUAGCGGUGCUGUUAAUGACUCCUAAGUUGAGGGAAGAACAGCACAGGGUUUGGGACCGUUUGUGGGCAGUGAAUAUUUUGUGAGCGCAAUUGUAUUUUCUUUCUGUACAUGUAUGGAUUUUUUGUUUACGUAUUUGUGAACUGUUGAAAGAAUCAGUUCAUAUGCAGAGACAGUGUUGCUCUUCUGUAGACAGAUUAUUUCAGUGUCAGUGGUGUGCACUAAUGCGCAUUUUAAAUAAAACACAAAUCUCUGUUGAA